UUAGUAAUUUACAACAGAUCUUGUUUAGGGGCAGACCAGACCUACUUUAUUUGUGAACUCUCCUUACAAAAACCACAAACUCUCCCACAAAUCAGCGAACCUCGAGCUACGUUGCAGUGGUCACCAGCCUUUGUGCGGUGUCCGUCACACCACGUGACGCACUCAUUUUUCGCUCAUGACGUCAGUAGCAGCUGUUGGACUGACAUGCGUGACUCGCGUCGGUCUCAAGGUACGCCUCUCAUGUCUGUGACACCUGACUUCUCGUGCACCCGAGGGUACCAGCGAGUUGCCUACACCCUUGUCUGUAAUCAUCGUUUCGACUGCAACGACGGCAGUGACGAGACUUUCUGUGAGUUUCUUCCUUGUCCACCCUCGUCUCCUUUCAAGUGUCUCAACAAACAGUGUGUUUCCGAGGAGGUUGUGUGCGAUGAUGUUAUUCAAUGUGUUGACGGCACGGAUGAACUAGGCUGCCUAACCUUACAGCGAGAGAUAAAAAAACUUCCAACGGCACGACCCCCAGCGAUAAUGGAUCUCAGCCCUACAGGAGAGAUCAUGAUGAUUGCCUUGAACCACUCGUUGCCAUUUGUGUGUCCUGAGAGUCACUUCCAAUGCCCAGAGAUCGUCUUUUACUGUCUCCCAGUAUACUUGCGGUGUAACGGCGUUUACGACUGUCCUGGGAAAGAGGACGAGUUGGCGUGCGACACUUACACCUGUCCCGGCUACUACCGCUGUCGCGCCUCGCACGUCUGUGUGCACGCUGACCACAUGUGUGACGGCUGGCCGCAGUGUCCGCAGGCAGACGACGAGCUGGUGUGUAACCUGACUUGUCCUCACACCUGUGUGUGUCACGGCUUGGCUUUCACCUGCACAGACUACUUCCCUGUGAGUCAACAUCUCGACCUUCGCUUUCUGGACGCCCGCUCAUCUGGCCUGACCUUGAGAGACGUGAGCAACAACACGAUGCUGGUUCACCUCAGUCUAGCCAAUUGUAACAUCACUUCUCUACAGGCCGUCAACCUCAUCAACCUGAGAAGUCUAGAUCUCAGCGACAACCUCAUCCAGGUAAUUAACAGCCAAUUUUUAUGGAAUUUCCAUAAGCUUCAGAGCUUAUCUCUCUCCGGAAACCCCUUAGUGUCUUUGUACCCAGUAGGCGAGGACGUCCCAUUCAUCUUUACAUACAUAACGAGCGUUGACUUUUCUCGUAUAAAGAUUCAGGAGUUAGACAACGUCUUUCCACAAAGGUUCCCUAACCUAACAACAUUAAACAUCUCCUACUGUGACAUUCAGAGCGUUGUUGAAGACGCCUUCUAUCUUCCCAAGCUUCACACGCUGGACUUGAGGGGAUCCCCUGUGUCUUAUUAUCCUCAACAAGCAUUUAGGAAUUUGCCCAAACUGGAGUACCUGUAUGCAGACAACUACAAAAUCUGCUGUCCGGAGACUCUGCCCGUCCUGCAGCAUGUGCAGGUGUGCGAGGCGCCGGCCGACGAAAUCUCCUCCUGCGAGUCGCUCGUGGGCUCAGACGUGUACCGCGUGUUCCUGGCGAUCUUCGCUACCCUGGCUCUCGCUGGAAACUCGGGUAGCUUCGUGUAUCGCGUCUUUGUGAGUAAGAACACCAGGUCUCUGGGUUUCGACGUCUUCGUGACAAACCUCUGUGUUGCCGACUUUCUAAUGGGUGUUUAUCUGGCGAUGAUAGGUGUGGUUGACCGUUUGUUCUUGGGCUCCUACCUGUGGAUCGAGGAGAUGUGGAGGAAAAGCUCCCUGUGCAAACUGACAGGCUUCUUGUCGCUGUUGUCUUGCGAGGUCUCGCCUCUACUCAUCUGCAUGAUCACACUUGACCGACUUUUGGUCAUCAAAUUUCCUCUCAGUAACUUUCGUUUUUCAAGGAAAUCCGCUUCGCUUGCCUCGGGUGCAGUGUGGGCAGCGGGAUUGUUUAUUUCCAUCAUUCCUUUGCUGCCUAUGAUGUCACAUUGGGAAUUCUAUACUCAGAACGGGUUCUGUGUACCGCUUCCCAUCACACGUUUUUCUCCUUCCGUCACUCGUAUUCUGUCCAUGUCUUAA